AUGUUAUUGAGGUCUCCUCCGAACACAAGGAUGUUGAUAACAGUUCGGAAACUGAACUUGGGGGACUGGAACUCGCCUGUUUAUGCAUUCUAUCACCCAAUUCUGGAAAUUGGUUAUCACGAAGGCCGCCGCUUCCAUGAAUUCAAGUGCGCAGCAACGAGCUGCAAGAAAGGGGUCCGUCGUUACCUUGACAAGAAGGAUGCAAAGUUGACCAGUAAUAUGCAGAAGCACGCUAAGAUCUGUUGGGGCGAAGAGACUGUUAAGCUCGCUGAUGAAACAAAGAAUGCUCAAGAGGCACGUACCAUUAUCUCUGGGGCAAAAGACGGCUCUAUCACAGCAUCUUUUGAACGCACAGGGAAAGGCAAGGUCACAUAUUUGCACCGGCAACACACAAGAACAGAAACAAAGUACAUUGUCUGCUGGGUGGCUGAAAGCCUGCGACCAUUCACAAUCGCCAAAGAUUAUGGCUUUCAGUCAUUAAUGAAAAUGGUCUCGCGCGACGUUAAGCUGGUGUUCACUCGCACACGACAACGAAUUGCUAAGAUGCUACAAGAAUAUGAUGGGCAGUUGAGUUUUGCCACAGACAGGUGGACUUUGCCCAACCAUAAGGUAUUCAUUGCAGUCUCUGUACAUCUAGAACAUGAUGGAGAGCCAUCAGCGAUGAUAUUGGACAUAGUUGAGGUUUCAGAGGUACAAUAA